AUGUCCGCCGAGCAUGGAGUUGAGGGUGCCAGUCCCCCCAAGGAGAAGGUGGCGCCUAUUGCGCCCGCCAAUUACAAGGGCUUCGUUGCCGGCGUCUUUUCUGGUAUCACUAAAUUGAGUGUCGGACAUCCCUUCGACACAAUCAAGGUUCGCCUUCAGACCUCGGAAACUUCGCACUUCCGUGGACCGCUCGACUGCUUGCUGCAGACCAUUCGCAAAGAGGGUGUCCGCGGUCUAUACAAAGGCGCCUCUCCACCGCUUGUAGGAUGGAUGGCUAUGGACUCUCUGAUGCUGGGGUCAUUGACCUUUUAUCGCCGCAUCCUGCGCGAACACGUCUUCGAGCCCGUUGCACCCCCGCGCGCCCUCGACAAUCCGGCUUAUAAGUUGCCGACUCUUGGACAUGGCAUAGCGGGCAUAAUGGCUGGUUGGACGGUCAGCUUCAUCGCUGCGCCAGUAGAGCACAUCAAAGCCCGUUUACAGAUUCAGUAUUCGGCAGACAAGUCGAAGAGACUGUAUAGCGGGCCUAUCGACUGCUCGAAGAAGCUGUACCGCAGCCACGGCCUUCCUGGUCUCUAUCACGGGCUCGGCGCCACCAUGCUCUUCCGCACUUUCUUCUUCUUUUGGUGGAGCUCCUACGAUAUGCUGUCCCGCUACUUCUCUGUGAACACGUCUCUCUCCACGCCGGCCAUCAACUUCUGGGCCGGUGGUCUUUCAGCCCAAGUCUUCUGGAUCACUUCGUAUCCCUCCGAUGUUAUCAAGCAGCGCAUUAUGACGGAUCCUCUCGGGGAAGGCAGGCGCUUUCCCCGCUGGCGUGACGCGGCAAAGACCGUGUAUGCCGAGAAUGGCUGGAAGGGUUAUUGGAGGGGUUUUGUGCCGUGCUUCCUGAGAGCGUUCCCCGCGAAUGCGAUGGCGUUGGUGGCGUUUGAAGGUGUUAUGAGAUUAUUGGGGGCCUCCCAUUGAGAUAGAGGGAAGGCGUUUGCUUAUUGCGCAUAGAGGGGGUUAUGGUAGACCAGGAAAGCGGGCUGUUAGAGCAUGUGAGGGAGGAUCCCAUGCCCCGUCCGGUGAAUAUGUUGUACAAAAAGUAGGUAUGAACGACAUGAGAACGCAUUGUAAAGAUUAAGAACAGAUCGAUAGACAACCGAAGCAAUCCCCACG